AUGGCGAUAACGAUCUACGAAGCGUUCAACCAGGCCUUGCCAUCGUUCGUCCAGCUUGGAACCCAAGUGGACACACGUGCCAAAUCUUCCGGAACUACUACCGAGGCAUGCAAACCUCCCAGGUGUGGUAUCAAGAUACCCGUCGAGCACUGGACCACUCUGGGAUCACGGUUGUGCCUUGACCAACACAAGGACGACCUCAGAAGCAGAUAUCUCUCGCCAGUCGACAACUCCAUGGCGUUCAAAUCAGAAGCCGACGUCGUGGAGGCAUCCGCAGCCUACCUCAGACAACCUGUCCAGAUUGCCUACCAGCUGGUCCACCCAAAGGAUAUUUGUCUGAAACAACUCACCAAGCCGCGAAAGGACGUGACUGCCGCCAGUCGCGUUGACAUUGCAUACUUCUCGGAGAAGCCCAACGAUGAGACAACUCCCGGCAAUUCAAGCAACGUGUUUGCUGUAUUGGAGUACAAGAAAUUCGACGGUCUUUCGAGGGAGCAAUUCAAGAAGGGAACGGUCUCCAAUUCGAAAGACUACGCAACGGCUUUGCGUCAUUCCCCGUUCAUCGGCUCCAAGUCACAGUCGAGCACCGAGAUAGUCCUGAAGCAGGCAACCCACUACGCGAGCAAAUUCGUCACCCCCUUUGUCGCCCUGUGCGACUAUAACACGUUGAUUCUACUCGUCAUGAAUCAAGUGGAAGGCUAUGAUGGCGGACACUACACUUACGUGACCGUGGUCGAGAAAUCGGUAUACAUGCGAAAGGCCUAUCUGGGGUUCCUUCUUGCGGCCAGAUUACACGCACAGGGCAACGACGACUGGCGAAAGAGCGGAGCCGGCGAAGACCUCUUCGUGGAUGCAGAGGAUUGGGAGCGUGCGUUUGAGUCAGAGAAUUUGAAGCCAAACCCAGUGCGAGAGACGAAAAACCCCGAUCCGGUGCAUGAUCUCUCGAGCAGUCAGGAGCGCGCUUUCAUCAAGUCCAUGUUCCAGGAUGACUAA